GACAAAGAGGCAAUCUUCCAACUGUUACUGCAUGCAGAUAAGAAAGAUUAUGAGAGAAUCUGUAUUAAAUAUGGAAUUUCUGACUUCCGUGGCAUGCUGAGAGCACUGCAGGAUUUGAAGAAGGAUACGGAGAAUGAACAAGCGAAGUUAAUUCACAGUAUCAGAAACAUGGAACACAUUAAGGUCAACAAGGAUGGAAGUGCUUCGUUUAGCCUGGAGAUGGACCUGAAAAGUGCUAGCAGCAACAUUUAUCUGCUUAAGGAUGGUGAGAAGGUCCGUUACGGAACAGGGGAUGAAUACAGAAAGUAUUACCUUAGACAGAUUGGAAAGAAGUAUCAUUUUAUUGUCAAUGAUGUGCAUCCAGAAGAUGCGGGCUUGUAUCAAGUCAGAGUGGAGGAUGUACCUAUUUUCUCAACUGAACUGGACGCUGAAUCCAUCCCUGUGAGAUUUCAGAAGCCGCUCACGGAUCUGCGUUGUCAUGAGGAGGAAGAUGUUAUCUUUGAGUGUGUCCUGCGCACUCCCUGCUAUGAUGCUGCGUGGUUACAUAAAGCCCACCCCCUCGAAGCAAGUGAGAAGCACCAGAUCUCUGUGAGCCCCGAUGGUCUGAUCCAUCAGCUUAUUAUCAAAAAUGCUGUGACCUCUGACAGUGGCUUGUAUACACUCGACACUGGACUCUGCUCCUCCAGGGCCUGGCUUCUUGUGGAGCAUGCCAAAGAGGCAAAGGUACAGGAUGAGGAACAUGAAAAAUCUGACCAUCAGAAGGGAACACCAGAUCAAGACAGAGCUAAGAAGCUUAAACGUGGAGAGUAUCUUGGUGAUGAAGAUCAUCCUAUGGAUGCUGGCAUGAAAAGAGGUGGCUGGUACAGGAGUGACCAAAGCGGCAGUCAAGGCUACUCCACUGAUGCUGAUGGAGAAUUUAAAUUUUUAGGAAAAGAAGGGCUGCACAAAACCAACAGAGAUGGAAGCAUGGGGCCUGGGCAGUUUUCUAGAGAAGAGGGAGAUGCAGACUCAAUGAUGGGUGGUGCCAGUAACAUUGGAUUAAAAAUUGGAGAAGACAAAAGUGGAUUGAGGCAUGCACAAAGCCAGGGUUCUAUGACAGGCAGAGGAGAUACUGAUGAUGGAUUAGGAGGAGGAACUAAAUCUUAUUCUGUAGAUGGCAGACAUGAUAGCCUGUUAGGUGCAGUUGAUGUUGACAUGGGUGAUGCAGAAGGGGUGAACUCUUGGCAUGACAAGAAUGCUAAAUUAGGUGAUGCUAGUUCUAGAGCUGCUUUUGGUGGUAUGAAGAGUUUAGAUGCUACUGAUGGAAGUUCUGUGUCAGGUGGAAUCAAUCUUGAUUCAACCAGAGUGGGAGGUGCACAUUCUGCAUACAGCAAGGGUACUCUGCCUGCUGCAGUUGAUAUGGAUGGAGUCAAUAUAAAUAGAGAAGGAGAAAUAGGGUCUCCCUACAGCAAAGGCAACCUGAUAGUUGAUGCUGGUGGUCAUGUAGGUCAGGCGGGAAUGUCUGGCUUGCCGUAUGGUCCAGGUAGUCUUCCAGCUGGAGAUGGGGGUAGGCCUGGUGCAGGUGGCAGCUUUGUAGGAGAAAUGGAGGUUUUAUACGGUCCAGAUGGUCUGCCAAUUGGGGCAGGUGUUGAUGCUACUGCAGCUAAAAGGGGGGAUCUGUAUGGUAAGCCUGGUCAGUUAAGUGAACAUUAUGGAAAGGAUGGUUUACCAGCAGGAAUGGAAGCUGGGCUUGGUGGUGCUGGUUUGGAAGGUGCUGGCUCUAUAUAUGGAAAGGUUGGUGUUGGUGGUGCUGGUAUAGCUGGUGCAGCUGGUGCAGGGGAAUUUGGGCCGUUAUAUGGAAAAGAUGGACUCCCAGCUGGGGCUGUCAUUGGUGGCACUGGUGCAGGGGCAGUUGGGUCUCCAUAUGGGAAGGAUGGUCUUCCAGCUGGAGCAGGGGCUGGUGUUGGUGGUGCAGGUUUAGCUGGAGCAGGUGGAGUUGGGUCUCCAUUUGGGAAGGAUGGUCUCCCAGCUGGAGCUGGAGCAGGGGCUGGUGUUGAUGUUGCAGGUUUAGCUGGAGCAGGUGGAGUUGGGUUUCCAUAUGGGAAGGAUGGUCUCCCAGUUGGAGCUGGAGCAGGGGCUGGUGUUGCAGCUGGAGCUGGGGCUGGUGUUGCAGGUUUAGCUGGUGCAGGGGCAGCUGGAUCUCCAUAUGGGAAGGAUCGUCUCCCAGCUGGAGCUGGGGCUGGUGUUGGUGGUGCAGGUUUAGCUGGAGCAGGUGGAGUUGGGUCUCCAUAUGGGAAGGAUGGUCUCCCAGCUGGAGCAGGGGCUGGUUUUGGUGGUGCAGGUUUAGCUGGAGCAGGGGCAGUUGGAUCUCCAUAUGGGAAGGAUGGUCUCCCAGCUGGAGCUGGGGCUGGUGUUGGUGUUGCAGGUUUAGCUGGUGCAGGGGCAGCUGGAUCUUCAUAUGGGAAGGAUGGUCUCCCAGCUGGAGCAGGGGCUGGUGUUGCAGGUUUAGCUGGUGCAGGGGGAGCUGGGUCUCCAUUUGGAAAGGAUGGUCUCCCAGCUGGAGCUGGAGCAGGGGCUGGUGUUGCAGGUUUAGCUGGUGCAGGGGCAGUUGGGUCUCCAUUUGGGAAGGAUGGUCUCCCAGCUGGAGCAGGGGCUGGUGUUGCAGGUUUAGCUGGAGCAGGUGGAGUUGGGUCUCCAUAUGGGAAGGAUGGUCUCCCAGCUGGAGCUGGAGCAGGAGCUGGUGUUGGUGGUGCAGGUUUAGCUGGAGCAGGGGGAGUUGGGUCUCCAUAUGGGAAGGAUGGUCUCCCAGCUGGGGCUGGUGGUAGUGUAGCUGGUGUAAGGGAUGCUGGCUCUUCCUAUGGAAAAGAUGGUCUCUCAGCUGCAGCUGUGUCAGGAGCAGCUCAUUUUCCUUCAGGAGGUGAAGAAGUGAUGGGAUCUCACCAUGGUCGGGAUGCUAUGCUAGGCAGAGCUCAAGGGUCUGUAGGUGGAGUAGGAGGAUCUGGCCUAUCCUCAGAAGGUGGGGCUGUUGGUGGCUCUGCCAUACAAGGUGCUGGAUCUGCAUAUGGGUCAGCUGGAUCCAGGGCUGGUGAAAGUGGUGCUAGCAGAUUGGGAGGUGGUGGGAGUGAGUUGCAUGGUAAAGAAGGUGUGGUAGGUGCUGUUGGAAUGGGUGGUGACUAUGGGCUGGAUUCACAUGCUGGCAAAUCUGCAUAUGGUGAAGCUGGGAAGGGGGCUGCCAGUGAUUUCAGAGGAUCGGAGCACAAAGGUUCAUCCCAUGACAAAGAAUCACUUUCAGGUCAGGGUGAUGCUAGGGACAGUGACUUAGGACAGUCAGGCUCUCUUUAUGACAAGGAUUCCUCUUUUGGAGGUGCAGAGGGCAAAUUCCAUGAUAGAUUGUUUGGUGGGUCGAAGCCAGGUCUUUUCAGUCAAAGUUCACAGGGUUCUGAUCAGAUGUCAGCCCUUUAUGGUGGUCCUCCAGUAAGCCAGAGAAAACAGGUACCUAGCCUUGAUAUUAAAGGAAGUGAUUUCUUGAAGAGUACAGAAAGUACAGAAAAGAGAAGACGUCAUCACCUCGAUGAUCUGAAAGCUCCACGCUCUCGUGUCAACAAGCAGUUAACUGAUGUCAGAGUCCUGAAAGGGGAACCAACUGAACUGUCUUGUGCUGUCAAUAGACAUGACUUAACAGGAACCUGGUUUAAGGAUGGGUUAAAGUUAACAACCAUGGAUGGAGUCUCUUUCGAGAAGGAAGGUCUAGUCCACAAACUCAUUAUUAGCAAAGCAGAAGAUAUUCAUGCUGGGAAGUAUAGGUUUGAAGCUGGAGAUAUAAAAACUGAGGCUUCAAUUUUUGUUGAAGAUCCUCCACAGGUUGACGAAAUUCUCCUAAAAAACUUAAUGAGUGUUCCUACUGUGGCCAAGGCAGGGGAAAAAGUUGUGAUCAAGAUCCCUUUUGAGGGCCGGCUUCCAGUCAGAGCAAUGUGGCUAAAGGACAAAAUAGAACUGGGAGAUGACUCAAGGGUUCGUGUUGAUAAAACAGACACCUUUACCAUGCUGUCCAUCUCCAGUGCUGAGAGAAAGGACUGUGGGGAUUACAAAGUCAGGCUGAAGAAUGACAGUGGAAUCCUGGAUAUUGACCUAAAGGUUGAGGUAAUAGACAAGCCACAGCCACCUGCAGGACCCCUGAAAAUUGUAGGAAGCUCUGCACAUGAUGUCACCAUUCAGUGGAAUCCCCCGAAGGAUGAUGGGGGCAAACCAAUACAAAACUACGUUAUUGAGAAACAGCAGGUAGGCAAGAGCAACUGGGUGACUCUGGGAGAAAUCCCCAGGAGCUGCACUACUUUCACUACCAGCAAAGUGGAACAGGACAUGAGCUACUACUUCAGAGUGAGAGCUGUGAAUGCAGAGGGAACCAGCGAAGCACUGGAAUCAGAUGAGGUGGUGACUAUCAGUAAAGCUUCACCUGGUGCCCCAGAUCCUCCCGAGAUCAUCGGUGUCAGCAAAGACACCAUCACAAUAUCCUGGAAGGCACCUCGGAAAACUGGGGGCUCCCGAAUUUCGGGGUACAUCGUUCAGAAACGCAAGAAGGGUAGCAUGACCUGGGUGCCAGUCAACAGUGUGCCCAUAGCAGACAAGAAGCUGAAAAUAACUGAUCUCAAGAAGGGUCUGCAAUAUGAAUUUUGUGUGGCAGCUGUCAAUGCUUCUGGUAUGGGUGAUAUCAGUGCACCAUCAGAAGCUGCCUUUGCUCGGGACUCCACAAAACCUCCAGGUAAAGUGAGGGACCUUAAAAUGACCAUCAGUGACAGCAGUAGUGUCACCCUGACAUGGAAUGCACCUGAAGCAGAAGAGGGAAGUGGUGCGAAAGGCUACAAUGUGGAGAUGCGGUCUUCUAACAGCCUCAGCUGGACCAAAUGCAACAUUUUUCCUAUAGAGACGACCACUUACAAAGUUAAAGGCCUGCAUACCAAGGAGACGUACUUCCUACGUGUGAGAGCCAUCAAUGACUGUGGCCCAGGAGAAGCCACAGAGCUUGAAGCUUUCACUGAAGUUGUUCCUCCUGUUGUUUCUCCCAGGUUCAUAAUAGACAAAACAGUGAAAAAUUUCCUGGUUAUAAAAGCAGGAAAUGCCAUUCGAGUGAAUAUUCCUUUUGAGGCACCUCCAGAUUUUGUGCUGACCUGGUUAAAGGAUGGGGUUCCUCUUCCAAGCCGUGCUAAAAUAAGCACCCAGGAUGGUACCUCCCAGCUGCUGAUUAGAGCAGCUGAGUUCACUGACAGUGGCAUCUAUACCGUUGAGCUCAUGAGUGGGACAGGGAAAAGAGAAACAUUCAGCUUCCAAGUUCAAGUUACAGAUAUCCCACAACCACCUGGACCUAUUGAACUGAGAGAGAACGUGCCAAAUAUAGUGACAGUAACCUGGGAGCCAUCAACAUCUGAGAAACGGGAAAGCAAUCUCUUCUACACAGUCUUGAAACGCGAAUCACAGAAAGGCUUGUGGCACGUGGUGGGUGACCUGAUCUACACCAACAAAUUCACUUACACCAAAGUGAUCCCAGGCAGGGACUACUACUUCAGGGUUGUGGCAAAGAAUCACUUGGGAUCCAGUCGUCCAUCCGACACUGUGCAGCCUUGGAGAAUUCGAAAACAAAAAGCUGACAUUCAAGUCAGACCACAGAGGUACAAGGGAGUUAAUCAGAACCAGCCCCCAAGAUUCCUCGUCCCCCUGAAGCCCCACGUGGUGACCACUGGCAGCGAGUGCCGCAUGAGCUGUGCAGUUGGAGGCCAUCCACCUCCAAAAAUCACGUGGUACAAAGAUGGGAGAGACCUCUCCAAUAAUCCUUCCUAUUUUGGCACAAACGACUUUGGUGUCUGCUCCCUGGUGAUCUUUGGUGUUUCCAAGGCUGAUGAAGGUGACUACACGGUUGAAGCCACCAAUGAUUCAGGCCGUGCUUUCAGCAAAGCCUCCCUCACUGUUAAAGACUUCCGCCUGUAACAGGACCUUCCUGAAACCUCCUCUGCACUCCAGUGUGAAUAAGGUUUUCUCUGAGAACUGGCCCUGCACAAAGGCUACGUGUCUGUUUUCAGAUGUGCAGUAUAGUCUGAGUGCUUUCUUUUUCAGAUCCAGUAGUUGCAUUUUGAACAGGAUGCUGCAUUGUAGUCAAAACGGUGGGGAAAAGCUUUGAGAAUUGUAUGAUCCUGAUUUUCUUCUACGACCUUUAAAAUACAAAUGAGAAGCUUCCGAAACUCAGAAGAUGAGAGGGAGAAAUAAUUGGCCAAAAUGAGACUUUGCAUGGAGAAGACAGGUGUGAGACCAUUCUGCCACACCUCUUACUGCUCAGGCUGCCAGCUUUAUCUGUGUAAGAGGAAUUCUCAGACAAGGCUAACAUGAGGUAGUGCUACUGGCAGUGAAAGUGGGUGGACAAGAAUGAAUGGAAAUCUAGAACCAGUUGUAUUUGUGUGAGCAGAUCAGCUAUAAAAAAGGAUGUAGCAGUCCUGAGCUACCACAUUAACAUCACCUUUGAAACAUAGCUGUCCCUACCUCGUGGCAUCCCUAGAGUAUUAUUGCUUAAUGCUAAAAGAGGUUAAAAAUCUUUCAUGUUUGACCAGAAGUACGAAGUACAACCAAAGGUCCUCUGCUAUGGCUGGAGGAUUCCAUCACUGAAUGGAGAACGAGAGUGGAAAGCCAGAAUGUCCUGGUGACCACACAGUGCCUUGGAGCUUUGGCACCACAACAGUUUUCAUGACAGCAUCUCAGAGAAUAGGAGAGUCUUAAAGCCACUGGAUCCUCAGACAGCCAGCCAAACAUUUGUAUGGGGCUGAAAUGUUUUUUGGUUAUAUUUUGUACGAUGUUGUACAGAUAUAGGAACAGCAGAUCAUUAAAUGAAACAAUUGU